AUGCUGUGGGUUUCCCUAUUAACGCUUGCAAUGGCUUGUGCAGUUGAGGAGGAUUUGGAGUAUUUGGAGUGGACUGCGCCAUGGAAAAUCUGUAAGCAUCCGGACGAAGAAGUGAGCCAAUUUGUAGUUCGCGAAAAUGAUGUUAAUAAAACCGUGUACGCAACUAAAGGAAAAUUCUCAUUCAGUAAAAGAAGGUGGAGGUUGGAUGGACCAAACAUGGAGAAGGCCACACCAGUUUCCAAAGAUGAGCCAUUCGCUAAGCAUUAUGCAUGCUAUAAAAAACACGGAAGUACUAGUAUGGUCAGGAAAAAGUGGAAGAAUAAUGUUUGAUGAGCUUUGGAUUUGCUAAGUUUCGAUGAAUUUGCUACC